CAACAAGUCUAUCCAUGAAUUAUUAUUUUCUAUUAUAAAAUAGAUUAUUCCCGAUAGCUCUUCAUAUCCCCGUCACUUUGUGUGUUACGUCCUGUCCGAGUCAAAGUGAUUCAGUCAAUCAAGCAUCCUCUCUGUUUUGGUUACAGAACCAGAAGAUCAUAAGAUUGAUAGAAAAGUAUUUUGUUUGAUUACAUUAGAUUAAUGGGAAAGAAGAUUACGUGUUACUUUGUGUUGUUUCUAUUAGGUUCAAGUUUAUCAUGGGUACUUAAGGUGGCAUUUGCAGGGAGCAUAGCGCCUCUUUUGCAGGGAUACGAGGAAGGGAGUUAUGGGUAUAGCAGAUCAUUCAAUAACGUUUUUUCUACUUCAAAUUAUGGGAUUUUCCAGCUCAAUAAUGGAUUGGCUAGAACUCCUCAGAUGGGAUGGAAUAGCUGGAAUUUCUUUGCCUGCAAUAUCAAUGAAACCGUCAUCAAGGAAACAGCUGAUGCACUUAUUUCAACCGGCUUGGCUGAGUUGGGUUAUGUGUAUGUCAACAUAGAUGAUUGCUGGUCUUCCACAAAACGAGAUUCAAAGGGUCAACUGAUCCCUGAUCCAAAAAUCUUUCCAUCUGGAAUUAAAGCUCUUGCUGAUUAUGUUCAUGAGAAGGGCCUUAAGCUUGGCAUUUAUUCUGAUGCUGGGGCUUUUACAUGUCAAGUUCGACCAGGAUCGCUUUUCCAUGAAAAAGAUGAUGCAGAACUUUUUGCUUCUUGGGGUGUAGAUUAUUUGAAGUAUGACAACUGUUUCAAUUUGGGCAUCAAUCCAAAAGAAAGAUAUCCACCAAUGCGUGAUGCUCUAAACUCAACUGGACACACAAUUUUUUAUUCACUUUGUGAAUGGGGAGUAGAUGACCCUGCAUUAUGGGCUGGUAAAGUUGGAAAUAGUUGGCGUACAACAGAUGACAUCAAUGAUUCAUGGGCAAGCAUGACUACCAUAGCCGAUCUGAAUGAUAAAUGGGCAUCCUAUGCUGGACCUGGUGGAUGGAAUGAUCCUGAUAUGUUGGAAGUUGGCAAUGGCGGUAUGACUUACCAUGAGUAUCGUGCUCAUUUUAGUAUCUGGGCCUUAAUGAAGGCCCCCCUUUUGAUUGGUUGUGAUGUAAGAAACAUGACUGCAGAAACUAUUGAAAUUCUAACCAACAAGGAGAUCAUUGCUGUAAAUCAAGAUCCGCUAGGGAUUCAGGGAAGGAAGGUUUAUUCUACCGGAACUGAUGGCUGCCUACAGGUCUGGGCAGGUCCUUUGUCUGGCCAUCGCAUAGUUGUUGCUCUCUGGAAUCGAUGUUCAAAAGCUGCAACUAUCACCGCUGGAUGGGAUGCACUUGGGCUCGAAUCCAGCACUAGUGUCAGUGUAAGAGACCUGUGGCAGCACAAAGAUAUCGUGGGAGACGCAGUGGCAUCAUUUGGUGCUCAAGUCGAUGCUCAUGAUUGCCAGAUAUUUAUUUUUACUCUGCAGUCAGUGUACCGCUCUGAAAUUUAGUUUCUAUAUGGACACCAGUGGUUGAAGAUCGUGGGGUGAUUUUGCUCUCCCGUGCAUGGCAAGGAAUGUAAUUUGAUCACAUAGAAGAAAGUCGUUUUAUACCCAUUUGUAAAGCACUUGUGGAUUGUGAGUAAUCAAUCAAUCGUGAGACCCUGUACAAUCUCGGGCUGGAACUUUGUAAAGAUAUUGUGUGGACAAAAAAUAACUGCUGUCCUGCCCUAGAUUUCUAUUGUUUGAUAACAAUUCUGCUGGGAAUAUUUUUCAUUUCACUGAUUCAAACAGGUUCAUAUUUGAUUGAGAGCUCUGAAAGAUGAGCUUAUUUGACCAAUGGUUUGUUGUGCUGUGCUGUGUUGAUCUUCUGAUCUAAAAUGACAAUGAUUAAGGGAA